AUAUGACACCUUGUCAUUGGUGCUUGCUACCUAGUACCUAGUCUAGGACAUAGUCGAUGAUAUGACAUUGCAUUGAAAAUUACACACGUACCACAGAACGGCAGAAGUGAGAAUACCUUUGUCCGUACCAAGUAUCAAACUUGGAAUUCACCCCAAAAUUUAUCAGAUUUUGUGUAAAUCCAAACAAUCUCCAAGCUAACACUGCAUUUUGACUGUUCCACCUGGAAAUUUCACCAUACCCAUGAGAAACCCAGGUAAACAAAAGGAGGUGAAGCCUGAGAAUUUCAACAACAUUUCUAAAAAGCAAAAGAAAUUGCGGGCUGACAGGAUUAGGAAGAAAUAUUUUCGUUUAUCUCGGGCAUUAAGGAAAUGUGAUUCGGUUCAAGAUAAAAAAAAUCAUCCAAAGCUGAAUGUUGAAUAUCCAGCUACCGUGAAAAUGAUGGUGAAAGGGAACGUUUCUGGUGGUUUCUUCUUGAGACUUCCUCUGCCCUUUUGUAAGGCGCAUAUACCAGUAAAAAAUCCUACUAUUAUGGUACUCGAGACAGAUACUGGAGAACGAUACGAAGCCAAGUAUCUGCCUCAUUGUUAUGGACUCAGUGGUGGGUGGAGAAGGUUUGCCAUAGACAUGAAAUUGGAACAAGGAGAUACUCUUAUUUUUCAAUUGGUUCAACCUACCAAAUUUAAGAUAUUUUUCAUACGGGUGAAUUCCACAAAUGAAGUCCAUUUUCCUGUUUAUCUCCUUAACUUGGUAAAUCGCGUUAAGGAAAGAGUUUCAAGCAAAGCAGGCAGAAACCAGCAAAGCUUCUAUAACAGAGGGGAAGUACAUCAUAAUUACUUGCAGAGGAAGAUAAAGGAGUUAAGGGCUAAGAAGUUUUGGAGGAAAGAUUUGGUUGUGCCUCAGGUCUUAGGGAAAGGUGAUUUGGUUCAUGCUAAAAAUAUUCAGUCAGAGCUGGACUUUGAACAUCCAGUUACCGUGAAAUGGUUGAUGAAAGGGAACAUUUCUAGGGGUGGUACUUUGGCACUUCCUGCGCCAUAUUGUAGGGCGCAUUUACCCGUGAUAGUUACUAAUAUGGUACUCGAGACAGAAACAGGAGAACAAUACACUACCAAGUAUCUGCCUCAAUCUUGCAGACUUAGUGCUGGGUGGUUUAGGUUUGUGACAAAAAUGAGACUGGAAGAAGGAGAUGCUGUUGUUCUCCACUUAAUCGAGGCUGCCAAAUUUAAGGUAUACAUCAUAAGAGCAAAUGCAAAGGAAGUCAAUCUCCCAAAUCAUCUCCUUGAUUUAUUGAGUCAUGUUAAGCAGAGCAUUCCGUGUAAAGCAGAUAGCAGGCAGCUAAUCGUGUACACAAGGAAAGUAGAUCGAAUAGAACAACAGUUACGUUGGAAGAGUGCAAGGCUCAAAUCCAGAAAUGGUGAAGGUUCCAUUUUAGUUGGUCAAGGUGUUUUGUUCAGUAAUAUUACUAGCUUUGAAGAGUUUAAAGCGGUUAUGAACAAGUUGAUUCAAAACCACCAGCUGCCUCACUAUGCUCUACAUGAUUAUUACCAACUCUGUUGCAAUCAGAAUGCUUUCCUUCACGCUCAUUUAUUCAGAGGAUUCAAUCCAAGGUUGAAUAAUCAGAUCAUUGCUGGAGCCAUUACAAGAAUUAUACUUGACACAGUCAACAUAGCUAACGAGUUGAGUACUUGCAAGCUCUCCACCUUCCUCCAAAAGUAUGAAUUAUGGGACCAAUCCUUGAAGACGUAUGAAGCUUAUGGAAUGAAUGUCAGCUUCAUCCUUGCUCGUCUACAACACCUCAAGAACCUUGCUGUAAGUUCAGAAGGUGCAACAGACAGGAGUCGAUAUGAAGAAGCAUGUCAUGAGAAUGAGCGUGCAAAAGGUGAAGUAAGAAAACUCGACCUAAUACUUGCUAAGUUGCAGACAUUAGAGUUGAAGCUUGGAGAGGAAACAUACAGACAAGGGUAUUCUUUGGCUAAGUGUGUUAAAGCCGAGAUAGGUAGCCUUGAAGUUCUGAUACAAGAGUUAGGAGAGUUUUUGUCUCAAUAUGAUGCUCACAUUCAGGAAUUGAAGUUAAAGGUGAAGGCCCAUGAGUAUAAAUUUCAUGAAAAAGUUAGUACCCCAUGGUUGCACUUGUACUCCCCUACUUUCGAAUCUCUAGAGCCUUCAAACUGAUUAUACAUACUCUAAUGUUGAAGAGCUUAAACUAAUCUCGUACUUGGUUAUUUAUCUUUGUAAGUUAAGCUUCUACUGGUAAUUUACUAACUCUGAUUUUUCAUGGAAAUAUUUGCAGUCUGCAAUAUCA